AUGGACUACGUUACCCGAGGGAUUUGCGGUCAAGAAGGUUGCCGUGAGACCCGAUACUAUCUCGACAAUGGACUUUGGUAUUGUCGACGCGGUCAUUUGCAGGAGGGUGUUCAAGUUGCAGAAGAUGCCGACGAUUUUGGAAACCUAGGCAAAACACAUCGCCUGAAGAGAGAAACCAGGGAGAAGGCCAGCAGAACACUUCGUGGCCGUCCAGCCUAUACGCUUUUCUUGCAAAUUUACCAGCUUAUCCUUUGGAAACAAUGUCAUGCAUUGGUUCACGAACACGGUUUCCCAGAAGAACUUGAGAUUGUUGUUCGCGAUCUCUGGGCUCUUCGUCUGCAAGAUUUUGAAUCCAGAAUCACCGAUUCCACUGAAGAGGACGAUGAUGAUACCGAAUCUGAGCUGUUCAGCUCACAACCCGCAGGAACAGAUGAGUCUCGUGAUGGAUUCAAACCAAAUUCGAGGUACCUGGAAUGGCCUCGUCUGAUCGAUUCUGUUGCACUGUGUUAUCUCGCAGCGUUUUUGAUGCGGCUUCCUGUCUGCGUCAGUGAUUUUCACAAUAUGAUAAUGCGGCAGGAGAUCCCCUACGCCCGAGUCCUGGCAACCAUCCCUCGGGAUAUGAGGGAUAGGCUUCCGCCAGAACUGACCAUGAUCCUUGAAGUCAAUACAAUACCUAAUGCCGAGCGGUUCCACCGCGGCGUCCUGGCAAUAGUGCUGUUCUAUCAGCGCCGAUUUGAAUUAGACCUUCCUCCAUUGAAUACCCCCAUGAUUCUUUUCCGGCACAUCAAGAGACUGGCUUUACCAAUUGAGAUAUACGAUGCUACUAGGAUCUUGCAAGGUUUACUAGACAUCACAUUCCAGUAUCCGACAAUAAGUUCAUUCGAUGGCCGAAAAACAGCACAACUUCUUCCCGACUUGCAAUUGAUGGUGCUUAUUAUCAUUUCUACGAAACUACUUUUCCCAUUCGAUGGUUUGAAAAGGUAUCCCACUACAGCUAAAGAGCCCGCUGCACAGGUCAUGGACUGGGCCCUCUGGGCACAAGCCCAGAAUAAUUUCGAUUAUGAUCAGCCAUUUGGGGGGAGUAUUGGGAAAAAGACUGCCAUUCAGAUCACAGACCAAGACGUGUUGAACAUGACGUCUGCCCAAUUAGAUGAUUACAUGGAUUGGUACGAAAGCAGUUGGCUGGAUACUUCUAAGGAACCCAGUCGCAUUGCCGAAAUGUUUCCCAUCAGCCGGGCAGAACAAGAUAUCCGACCAAUCUCGGGUGCUGCUCCGGAAUCAUCCUCUACUUCUGCUCCUGCUCCUGUUCCUGUUGUUCCUGGUGCUCCUGGUGCUCCUGCUCCUCAUGAGACGGCUGAGACGACUGAGCAAAAGCUCAACCUUUUGCUACAAACAGUCAUGCAAGCCCUUAGAACCAGAAGGGUCAUCCCUGACGACGAAGAGGACGAUCACAGACGUCCCGGCGAGUGGUAUCACCGGUAUCGAUGGGAAUCACAUCUCAGUGGCCCCGCACGGACGUUUUACGAGAUCGCAGCCCAGCUCGCUGCAGUCCCAUUGAAAACACUUGUCCGUGCUGUCACAUUUGUUGAGUUUAAGAUCGCACAGCGAGAUGAAGAGCGACAGAACAGGGAGUACUUUGCUAGUUUGGGAACGGAAGGAAUGGACACCGACGAAAGCGAUGUUGAUCACACGUAUGGAAUAGCUGACUUUGAGGAGGACAUGUACGACGCGGAGUCCGAAGAUAUGGACGGCGAUGAUUUUAUGUCCAAUUCGAAGAUGUGCUCCGCCUGGAACACAGCGACCGACAGCCGACAACAACGAAAACUCGCAACCAUGCAGAUUUUCGUCAAGACCCUGACGGGUAAGACCAUUACCCUCGAUGUCGAGUCGAGCGACACCAUCGACAACGUCAAGACCAAGAUCCAGGACAAGGAGGGCAUCCCCCCUGACCAACAGCGUCUGAUCUUCGCCGGCAAGCAGCUCGAGGAUGGCCGCACCCUGAGCGACUACAACAUCCAGAAGGAGUCCACCCUUCACCUUGUCCUGCGUCUCCGUGGUGGUAUCAUUGAGCCUUCCCUCAAGGCCCUUGCCUCCAAGUUCAACUGCGAGAAGGCCAUCUGCCGCAAGUGCUACGCUCGUCUCCCUCCCCGUGCUACCAACUGCCGCAAGAAGAAGUGCGGACACACCAACCAGCUCCGCCCCAAGAAGAAGCUCAAAUAG